AUGUUCAGACACCGACAACAUCAGGACAAGUUAGACCCGUCAACGCGCUUGCUUCAGUAUAUGCGUUUUGACAGCGACGAUCGCUCCGUGGCCACCGGCAGGUCAAGAUACCCCGAUAUGAUCAAGGAUAAUCUGCGCAGCGCGGUCGUUACCGUACCUAAUUGUAGCUUCAACGAAGCUGCAGAGGAAUUGAGGUUGGCACACAGAAUCCAAGAUUACACGAGGCGUCGGCUGCACGCAAGACAGCUAGAAAACAAGCGGCGUACGCCCAAGAGAAGCUGUACCAUCAAAUGUGACAGAAUCGCAGAUGCCAUCAGGUUGACCUGGGACGCACCCAAGCGAUUACUCCAGAUUUUAAACAUCCAGGACCUUUUAUGCAUACGUAGAAGAAAGACCGAUAUACACGUCAUCGAAAUCUGCCCAAUUCACCAACACGCUUGUACACGAAGUCCCAGCUGGUCCCCCAUGCACAUGAAGCACCUUGAUCGGACGGAAGCUUUUGGAGUCCAUGGUAUCCGACUCCUCGUCGUUCUUCUCCAAGUUCUCCAGCCCCGCAACCUCCUUCCGGCUGCUGAUCAUCGCCUUCAGCAAUGCAACCGGGAACUUCAUGACGAAGUCGCCCUUGGCUAUGAGCUUGAGCAUGGUGACACGGGGCCACUGGCAAAAAUUAUGGCCGUUGGAUGGUACGCCGAGAAAGACCAAGAUGACCUUCAUACACGAAGAAUCGCUGUUCGUGGUAGUCACUGUAUCAUCAUUCCACUUGCCCACGGAGGAAGAUAUGUGCGGAUUCUUGCUGGCGCAUUCAUCAAACUCCAGUGA